ACCCGGACCUGCCUCCGCCUCUUCCUCUGGCGGCUCCAUCCUGCCUCCCGUGCCUCGUCCUCCCGCCGCCCCCGCCGCCGCGCCCCCGGUGGCUGCCUUGGCGGACCCGGGAGGGGGCCCGUCCGCCGCCCGCUCGGCUCGGCCCGGCCCGGGAGGCGUGCAUGCCCCGGCUGCCCGCGGCGCUCACCAGCAGCAUGCUCUAUUUCCAGAUGGUGAUCAUGGCAGGGACGGUGAUGCUGGCGUACUACUUCGAAUACACGGACACGUUCACUGUGAACGUGCAGGGCUUCUUCUGCCACGACAGCGCCUACCGCAAGCCCUACCCGGGCCCGGAGGACAGCAGCGCCGUGCCCCCCGUGCUCCUCUACUCGCUGGCCGCCGGGGUCCCCGUGCUCGUGAUAAUAGUUGGAGAAACUGCUGUGUUUUGCCUACAACUGGCCACAAGGGAUUUUGAAAACCAGGAGAAAACUAUUUUAACUGGAGACUGUUGCUAUAUAAACCCACUGGUGAGGAGAACUGUGCGAUUUCUUGGAAUUUAUACGUUUGGACUGUUUGCUACAGACAUCUUUGUAAAUGCUGGACAAGUAGUUACAGGAAAUCUGGCUCCACAUUUUCUCGCCCUGUGUAAACCCAACUACACGGCACUUGGGUGUCAGCAGUAUACGCAGUUCAUCAGUGGGGAAGAGGCCUGCACGGGCAACCCGGAUCUCAUCAUGAGAGCAAGGAAAACAUUUCCAUCCAAAGAAGCGGCUCUCAGUGUCUAUGCAGCUAUGUAUCUGACAAUGUACAUUACCAACACAAUCAAAGCCAAAGGAACAAGACUUGCUAAGCCCGUUCUAUGCCUGGGCUUAAUGUGUUUGGCCUUUCUUACUGGGCUCAACAGAGUAGCAGAAUAUCGAAAUCAUUGGUCUGAUGUGAUAGCAGGCUUUCUGGUUGGAAUAUCUAUAGCAGUAUUUCUGGUCGUGUGUGUGGUAAAUAAUUUCAAAGGAAGACAACCAGAAAAUGAGCAUAUACACACAGAUAAUCUGGCACAGAUGCCAAUGAUCAGCAUUCCUCGAGUAGAAAGUCCUUUGGAAAAGGUAACUUCUGUACAGGAUAGUCUGGCUACAACAUCAAGCAGUAAUGCUGGAUAUUGCCACCACAGCAUCUUCUGGGUAUCAUACUGCUCUUUAGGUGGCUCUGGCAUCACCAGACAUCUCUAUCUCCCUAUGGACACCUGUGCUUCUUCAGCCGAUUACCACCAUUCCCUCCGGGCACCACUUAUUUUCCAGGCACUACAACAGCCUCUGCUAAGGAGUGCCACAUCUUCCAGGAACUAUCUCAUCCACUCGACUUUUCGACUCUUUCCCUGGGGAUUGCCGUCUCAUGAGAGAUCUCAUGCAAAACCAACUGACUAUAACUAUGAGGGUCAAAAUGAUGUCUGUGGUCAGGCAACCAAAGAAAAUAAACUAAUCAGCCCUACAGAGGAAAUACAGGAGAAGUCAACUGCCAUGUCAGAACACUCAACAAGUCUAUUUAGAAAUCCAUUUGGUGAAGAACUGAAGCCUCUCUCCAAUAGCCAGCACCAGCUUGCCAUCUGUGUCUGUGAGUGUCCUUGGGACCUUGGAAACAGCUGCUGCAGCCCAGUGAAAUCUGAAGAUGACUGCAGCACCAGAGGACAUCUGAAACCUUAA